UUGCAGUAGAUGUGUGGCGGUCAAUUCUAAUUUGAGAAAAGCAAGUAAAGCGUGACCAUGAAAACACACUUUAUAUUAUUUAGAUUUCAGAGUUUAAUUUAGGUUCAAGGUUAUGGAUAAUGUGCUAAGCUAACCAAAAAGCUAGGCCACCAAACGAAUGCCAGCAGGUACCACAAGAUGGAGGCUGUGAACUUUCACCUGCAUUCAGAACCAUGGAUUUGGAAAUUAACAAGCCCCCACUUUGAUAGGGAAGAACAUCUCAUUGGAAAAGUUGUAACUACCCAGAUUUUGGACAUUGCAUUUGAAAAUAUAUUUACUGGGCGUGCCCUUGUUAGGGACGGAGAACAAAAAAUCGAAGCAUAUUUUACUAAAGAUGCGAUAGACAGCUUUGAAGGUGAAGAAGACAGUGUAACUGGAGUCACUUUUAUGGAUCUUGCCUGUUCUGUUAUUCGUUUUGCUGAAUAUCAAGUUUGCACUUAUUCUGAAAUGAACAACUGUACGGUGUAUCUGAAGGUGUUGGCAUUUAACAUGAUCAGCAUCCAUGAAUUCUCUCCACAACCUCUGGACCCCAGGAUAACACCUCGGAAUCAAGAUCACUGCCAGCUACAACUACAUAACCAAGUGCAUCCCACUGCUGAAGUACCAGUUGAAAUCUGUUUUCAAGAUGAAGGCCCUGGUACAUCAGACUGUGUAGAUGACAAUGUUAAUUCAGGAUUGUCAGCCAUUAUCUCACACAUAGAAAAAGAUGAACAUGAUAGUGAACUGGAUCUUUCAACAGAUUACAUAGAAAGUGAAGAUAGUGAAUUGGAAAUGUUUGUUAGUAAUUCCUCGCAGGUAAUAGUCAGAGAAGAUGAUGACUGGACAAUGACAAAUUAUUUCUUUGAGAUUAUUAGAAGCACAGAUAUUGAGCUUAAAAUUCUGUCAUCUGAGGAUGAAGAAGAAAAGGAAGAAUUGGAAGGAGAAUCAUUAUCGGAAGAAGAACCAGUAUCAGAAGAAGAAUCAGUAUCGGAAGAAGAAUCAGUAUCGGAAGAAGAAUCAGAAGAGUCAGAAUUAGAUGAAGAAUCAGAUUCGCGUGAAAUUCAGAUCCUCUACAACAUAAAUAUAGGUAAAAAUUCUAUAGUGGAAGAACCAGCUUGUGACAGAAAUGAGGAUAAUUUGAAUAUGAAUUCACAAAAAAUUACAAGUAAAGUGUAUUUUUCUUCACGGAAUAGUCAACUUAGCAAGGCUAGACGUAGAAAGCCACGCUCUGGUACAACCCCUCAAGUGCGCAGUGGGUUGGCAGAAAGCAGUGUAAAUGGCAUUGUUUCGCAGCUGGUACGAGAUAAACAUGAUUCAAUUAUAAAUCAAGACAGAGAUUUAUGUUCAGUUGAAUGGCGUAUUUCUGAUGAAUCACCACAAUGUAGCCGUGACAGAGAUGGAGAUUCCCACCAACUUCCAACUGAACACCAAAUUCUGGACAAACCAAUAAUUCCUGAUGAAUGUCCAGUUGGCUACCAAAUUCCAGGUGGAAGUAAAAUUCCAGGCAGUCAACCAACUCCAUAUGAAAACCAAACUUUAGAAUGUGAAGAAAUUCCAGAUGUAGACCAGGAUGGACAUAAAAUUUCAAAUGGCAUCCAAGUUCCGGGUAAAAAUCAGAUUCCAGAUGGAUACAAAGAUCAAGCCGAACAUCAAAUUCCAAUUAGUGACUUCUCAGUUCCUGGUGAAAACCAGAUUCUAGGUAAUCAACAGGUUCAAGAUGGACACCAAGUUCGGGAUGAAAACCAAGUUUCAGAUGACGAGAAAACUCUAGGUAGUCAACAGAUUCCAGAUGGACAUCAAUGUCAUGACAAACAUCAGAUUCCAAAUGACAUCCCAGUUCCAGAUAAAAUCCAAGUUUCAGGUGAAGACCAAUAUCUAGAUACUCUAAGUGACAGCGCAGUUUCAGAUGAAAACCUAUUUUCAGAUGAUGGCCAGACCCCAGGAGGUCAUCAGAUCCCAGAUCGACACCAAAGUCACAGCGAACAUCAAAUUCCAAAUGACAUCCCAGUUCCAGGUGAAGAUCAAGUUUCAGAUGAAGACAGAACUCAAGGGAGUCCAGAUGUACAUCAAAGUCAUGACGACCAUCAAAUUCCAAGUGACAUUCCGGUUCCAGAUGAAAAUGAAUUUUCAGGUGAACAACAGAUUCCUGGUAAACUCCAAAAUUCACAAGAUCAUCAGAUUCAAGGUGGAUGUGAUUCUGUAGUCCCAGUAUUUGAAUGCAAGACUACCAGCACUUCUGCCACAGAUAACGAUGAUCGAGUAAACAGUAAGUCUUUAAAGAAAAGUAAUGAAGAAAAUAGUCUUGAGACACCUACAGUUGAAUUCAGUGCAGAGCGAUAUACUGCUAAACGUGUGUUAGCUGCUGAAAAAAGAAAACAAGAAAUGAGGGAUUUAAGAAGUAAUCCAGAUAUCGAGAUCAUUUCCAGGUCGGAUAUAAAGCUUGUACUGAUGGAGGAUGAAGAAGAGGAAGUGGAAAACAACUGCAAUGAUGACAGGUUGAUUACAGGCAAGAGAUCAGACAUUUAUAGGAACAGAGGAGAUGAUGGAAACCUUGCUGAGCUCAACAACAUGUGCAAGAGCAGUGAUAGUGAAUCAUCAAUAAGUGAUUAUGAAUUAAGUAUCAGUCAGUCAGUUGAGUGGGAUUCACUUGAUAUAAGUGCAAAUAAUACCAGCCUCAACUUAAGUUCACAAGAUACGAGUAUGUCUGAUUCAUCAGACACAACUAUUUCGCUUGACAGUGAGCCACCGGAUUUAAUGUUUCCUAGUAUUCCAAGUAUCCAACCUCAAAAUUCAUCGGACGUUGAUGAUUCCUUUGAAGAAUAUCAAGAACAGAUCAAAAAAAGUUUUACAAACACAAGAGGGCAGUAUUCAUCAUUGACCAGCUUGGGAUGGAUAGAGGAUAGUGUGAUGUUGACCGGGGAGCAGCGUGCAAUAACGAUAUCGAAAGGUGAUCUUUCUAGAACAUUUGAAAUAGUUGCAGUGGUUGCAUAUGGAGGAGAUAUGCGUCAGGAAAAUGACUCUGUCAAAGCCAUUCAGCACCUUUCUCAAGAACUAAGAAGAACGGACACAAAUGACGACAAGAAUCCACAAGAUUCUUCCAUGCAUGGAAAACGAAAACAGCCUUUGAACUCUGAGGAUUCAGAUAUGACAUUCUAUGAUGAAAAUGAUACUGAAAUUUGUGUGAUGCAACCAUCUAAAAAGAUAAAGAUUAAUCCCAUAAAUGAAAACAACAAUAGCCAGGUGCCUGAUGGGAAGAAAAUUGGAUGUUCAGCAGAUGAAAGUGACUCUGAAACACAAGGUUUACCUGUUGACAAUUCAACCACAAGCUGUGUGAUAGAACCAACCAAUGAGUGCACAGCUGUCCAAUGUGAAUCCAAUUUUACACAAAUAAACAGGCCUAAUUCUGAUAAGAAUGAUGGGCUACCUUUGGUUGAUGCUGCUGAAGACCUCAUCGUUUGGUGUAGUGAGUUUCUUAAUGUCAUGAAAAUCAAUUCAAGUAGCAGAUGAACCUGUACAGUAGUAAAUGUAUUUUAUAAAACACUUAAUUAGAUCCUCGUCAUUUGAUUGGUCGAUUUAAUACACAUAGAAUUUACGCUACAGCACCUCGGGCACCUCUAGAUCGCCGGAAAUGGCACUGAUUUUAGACAAAUUUUAGGGGGCCCCUGGCCGGCUGGGCCUACCUCAUGGAUCCGCCUAUGCCAGGCCAAUUUGAUACAUUCAAGAAAAUGUACCAUAUCUUAAGUGAAAUUUGAUGAAAAUUAGGUUCAUUGUUUUUGUGAAGUUUAAUAUGCAUAUUUUAUGAUAACAAAUGUUUUGACUUGCGUUACAUUAAUUUAAGUUCUUUUUCAGACAUCUGAAUUUGAAAAUGAUCUUAUUUCAAUUGUACUUGACUUAGGAACCUAAUUCAAAGACCAAAAUAAAGGUUUUAGUCAUCUAUCUAAAUACAGUAUAUCAAUAGCUCAUAUUUCACUUUUGUACUACAAAACUCAUUUUGGCAUGACAUUUUCAUUUUAUACUGUAAAAGGAUCUUGAUGUAUUAUGGAUUUUGAAGGAUGGCGUAAUAAUUAUUAUGAUUUGAUGAGAAUACUAUAUAAUAUGAACUAAUUGAUAAUUAUAUCUUUUUAAUAACAAUGUUGAAAAUGAGGGUGUGGUAUUAUAUAGAAUGUAAUAAUAAUGCAAUAUACUGUAUUGAAUAAAAUUUUAUGAGAGUUAUA